UCUGCAGCUUGUGGGAACUGAUCAUUGUGCCUUUAAUUCCACACAAAAGUCUCUUGGGGUUGAUGAUUUCCGGAGAAUCCCCAAUGGUGUCAAUGGAAUCGAGGAAAGGAUGCACCUGGUUUGGGAUACAAUGGUGGAAUCUGGCCAAAUUUCUGUCACUGACUAUGUUCGUAUAACAAGUACUGAAUGUGCUAAGAUCUUCAAUAUAUAUCCAAGGAAAGGAGCAAUUCUUGCUGGGUCUGAUGCGGACAUAAUUAUCCUGAAUCCGAAUUCAAGCUUUGAAAUAAGUGCAAUGUCCCACCACUCUAGAACAGAUACCAAUGUCUAUGACGGUAGAAGAGGCAAGGGAAAGGUUGAAGUGACCAUAGCUGGUGGAAGAAUUGUCUGGCAAAACAAUGAGCUAAAUGUUGUUCCAGGUUCUGGCAAGUACAUAAAAAUGCCUCCUUUCAGUUAUCUUUUCAAUGGAAUUGACAAAGCAGAUGCCAACUAUCUAUCCUCUCUUAAAGCUCCAGUAAAACGUCCCAUGUCUGCUUAAAUUACAGGUAUCUACCUAAAUUAGCGAGAUCAUAGUGACAGUCACCACUUUAUACUUUAUAUAAUAUUUCUUUGGAUGUAAAGCUGAUAAAUUUUCUUAUAUUUCUAUUACUAAGAAGUUAUUACCUAAAUUUGUGUUGCUUACCUUAAUGUCUAAGACUUGAUAGGUGAUGGGAACGGUCAUAGAUACCCAAAAUUAUACAUAUAGUACACAACAAGAUUAUAGAAAAUUACUGUUGGAUUUUA